AUGGCCGAACAUACGUCACCAACCCUAGCGCCAGUCCCGCCCAUCCCCGCAGGAUACACCGUCCGCGGCGGCCUCCCGCCGGCCCAAGUGUAUCGGGACCUGCGAUCCGGAGCGGGCAUCAUCCCCGUGACGGACGAGCAGGCCGAAGCGGCAGUCAAGGGGACCUGGUAUGGGUGCCACAUUGUGCACACGUCGACGACCUCCUCGGAGGAGACCAUCGUCGGCAUGGGCGCCGUCAUCGCCAACGGCAGCUGGUACUUUCACAUCGUCGACGUCGCCAUCCUGCCUGACCACCAGCGCAAGGGGCUGGGAAAGUUGGUCAUCCACUCGCUCAUGGAAUACAUCUUGGCCAACAAGGCCGAGGGGAGACCGUUUAUUUGUCUCUCUGCGUCGGUCAAGGGGACUAGUCUGUAUCGGAAGUGUGCGUUUAUGGAUGGGGAGUAUUUUGGUGAGACUGGGAUGGUGUGGGAAGGGACGUAUCCCGAGAUAGUCAAGGAGGUGAAGGAGGCAGAGAAGGCCCGGUCUUGA